AUGGCCUCCUUGAAGUCCUUCGGCUCAGAUUUUGUCCGAUCAAACAGCGUGUACGGUGGCGCCGGGGGCUUUGGUGUCCUGGUCUCCAGCCCAAAUGUUGGUGAAGGUUUCUCCUCCACUGCUGCAGCAGAAGGAGGCUUCGCCCUGAGCGACGCCCUGGACAUCCCAGACAACGAGCAGGCCGCCAUGCAGAACCUGAACGACCGCCUGGCCUCCUACCUGGAGAAGGUCCGCAGAAUGGAGGAGGCCAACGCCGAGCUGGAGCUGAAGAUCCGACAGUACCUGGAGGGCAAGGCCAAACUCGAGGGCCGCGACUACUCUGCGUUCUACGCCACCAUCAGAGACCUGCAUGACAAGAUCCUUGACGUCACCAAGGAGAACCGGAGCCUCUGCCUUGACAUCGACAGCGCCUGGCUGAUCGCCGAUCACCUCAAGCCCAAGUACGAGAAGGAGCUGUCCAUGCGUCAGUCCAUAGAGACCGACAUCUUGGCACUCCGGAGGCUUCUGGAUGAGCUGACGCUGUCCAGGACCGACUGUGAGAUGGUGAUAGAAGGUCUGAUGGAGGAGAUGAUCUCCCUCAGGAAGAACCACGAGGAGGAGCUGAUGGCCAUGCACACUCAGGUGAGCGGCCAGGUGAACGUGGAGGUGGAAGCCGCUCCGGGAGAAGACAUCACCAAGAUCAUGGAGGAUAUGCGGCAGAACUAUGAGGCUCUUUCCACCAAGAACCGCAAAGAACUGGAGGCCUGGUUCCAGUCCAAGAGAGAAUCGCUCAACAAAAAGGUCACCGCCAGCACAGAAAACCUCCAGACAUUCAAAUCAGAGAUCCCAGACCUCAAACGGACCCUGCAGGCCUUGAAGAUCGAGCACCAGUCUCAGCUCAGCAUGCACUACAGCCUGAAGGACACGCUGGCUGAGACACAGAACCGGUACGUCCAGGGUCUGGAAGGUUACCAGAAACUGGUAGUAUGUCAGGAGGCUCAGCUGAUGCAGCUGAGAGAACACCUGGAACAGCAGGGACAAGAGUACCAGAUGCUGCUGGACAUGAAGACCAGACUGGAGAUGGAGAUCGAGGAGUACAAGAAGCUGCUGGACAGGGAGGACGGCAGCGAGUGA